GGGAGUGAGAUGACUAGCGGGUCGGCUCAGUGUGCGUCCCCGCCCUGCCCUCGUUGUCUCCUCCCUCUUGCUCGCUCUUCGGUCCCAGCCCAAAGAACCGAGGACGAAGCAUCGCCCAGCAGGCGCUCCUAGGGGUGUUGCUGUUUGACGUCGGGACCAGGAAUCGGAAAAGAGUUGGGAACAGGAUGACUACCCCGAGCGCUCCGCCCUCCUAUGAGGAAUCAGUCGACCCCUUGUAUCCUCCUCCACACGGGGCAGGGUACCCCGCGUCCAGACCCUACCCACCGAAUUACGGGCCUGCCUACCCUCCUGGGGAGAGCCUCCCAUACCCCCCCGCCGGGAAUGCGGGCUACCCAUCGAGCUUCCCCCAGCCAGGACCUCCCAUGGGCCCCCCGAUGAUGCCAACUCUCCCUCUGAAUCCGACGUGGCCUGGAGGUAACUCGGGACCUUAUGGGAGCUCCACGUCCAACCCUGAGGAGGGUAACGAGGGCUUCACCGCCAGUUCCUGGGACGACCGCAGGGUUCGACACGCCUUUAUCCGCAAGGUGUACUUGAUCCUCACAGCCCAACUGUUUGUCACCUUUGGGAUUGUGGCUGUCUUCACGUUCAGUGAAACUGUCCAAAACUUCGUUCAGAAAAACUCGGCCAUCUACUGGGCAGCGUAUGCCGUGUUCUUUGUGGUCUACAUUGUCCUGGUCUGCUGUGAGGGACCCAGGAGGAAGUUUCCCUGGAAUGUGAUCCUUCUGGCUAUAUUUACAUUGGCCAUGUCAUAUAUGACCGGGAUGAUUGCCAGCUUCUACAACACUAGGUCUGUCUUCCUCUGCUUCGGAAUCACCGGCCUGGUGUGUCUGGGAGUCACUGUAUUCUGCUUCCAGACAAAGGUAGAUUUCACAUCGUGUGGCGGUUUGUUCUGUGCUCUCGGAAUUGGCCUGUUUGUCUCUGGGAUCGUGGUCACCAUCAUCCUGUCGUUCAAAUAUAUUCCAUGGCUCCACACAGUGUAUGCUGCAAUCGCUGCCAUCGUCUUCACCCUGUUCUUGGCAUUUGACACCCAGCUGAUCCUGGGGAACAGACGACACUCUAUCAGUCCAGAGGAGUAUGUCUACGGUGCUCUGAGGCUCUACACAGACAUUGUGAACAUCUUCAUCUACCUUCUUCAGCUGUUUGGCUCCAGAUAAUGGCAGAGGGAGAGGCUGUGACCCAACCCUCUUUCUCGGACUCUCUCCACCUCUCCCUUGUGUAAAAUAGUCCACUGCGUCUCAGGUUAGCUUAGGCUAUUGGUCCUAUUGCUGGAGUUCCCAGUGUCAUGGGAAGGAUGUCCCUCUCACGCACUCGCCCUCCAAUGUUGUAAAUAGCAGAAGGUUUCGGAAACACUCAGAUGGCUGGACAGCCUCUGUGAAGAAAGAAAGAGAGCGAAUGUUUCAGGGCAGUGGGUUCCACUACAGGUUCAGUCUGGUUCAUUUUCUUUAGACUAGCCCUUCCAGUUCUGACCCAAAACACGGAACGUAGAAUUGUACCGUGCAGUACGGACCCUUCAAACUUGUGCUGACCUGUGUCUCCUCCAGGUGCUCUGGUUUCCUCCCACAGUCCAAUGAUGUACCGGGUAGUAGGUUAAUUGGUGAGUGUAAAUUGUCCUGUGAUUAGGCUCGGGUUAAAUAAGUGGGUUGCUUGGUGAAUCAGCAUGUUGAUCCAUUUAUUCUAUCAAUCAGUCAAUUAAUAAACAAACAUACUCCAUAAUCAAUCUAACCUUUCCCUCCUACACAGCGCCAUAGCCUCCCUUUCUCUUCUAUUCAUGUGCCUAAAUCUCUUCAAUGUCCCUGUUGUAUCAGCCUCUACCACUACCCCUACCCCGGCAACAAAUGCCACUCACCCAAAACUUAAAAGUACAGUAAAUUUAUUUAUUAUGAAAGUACAGAUAUGUCACCACAUACUACCCAGAGAUUCAUUUUCUUAUGGGCAUUCAUAGUAGAUACAAAGAAACACAAUACAAUCAAUAAAAAUACUGUUGCGUAGCUGUCGGCACAAUGCUAUCACAGCUCAGGGCAUCAAUGUUUGGGGUUCAAUUCCAACGUUUGUGCGUUCCUUUGGGUGCUCUAGUUUCCUCCCAAGUUCUAAAGAAGUAGUGGUUAGUAGGUCACUGUAAAUGUUCCUGUGAUAAGGCGAGGGUUAAAUAGGUGGGUUGCUGGGUAGUGUGGCUCAUUGGGCUGAAAGGCCUGUUUCGCUCUGUAUCUCUAAGUUAAUAAAUGAAAAUAAAUUUUAAGAACCUCCCACAAGCAAAGAUGGGCAAACAUCCAAUGUGGAAAAGAAGACAAUCUGUGCAAAUACAAAAUGAUAACGCCAAGGAAUUUACAGUUUCUGACCCUGUCCACCUCCAAUCCCCUGAUGAGGACUGGCCCGUGAAUUUCUGGUUUCCUCCUCCUGAAGUCAGUGGUCAGGUUUUGCUGGCAUUGAGUGAGAGGUGGUUACUGUGGCACCAAUCAGCCAGACUUUCGGUCUCCUUCCUCUGUGCUGAUUUGUCAUCGCCUUUGAUUCGGCCAACGACAGCAACAUCAGUGACGCUGUAAACAAACUUAACAAUGGCUUUGGAGCUGUGCUUAGCCUCCGAGCCAUAACUGUCAAGCCAUUGGAGCUGGAGGCUGAGCACACACGGCCUUGUGGGGCACCUGUGCUGAUGGAGAUCGUGGGGAUGUCAUUGACAAUCUGAACUGACUGGAGUCUGCAAGUGAGGAAAUUGAGAAUCCAGUUGCAUGAGGCCAAAGUCUUGGAGUUUACUGAUUAGUUUUGAGGGGAUGAUGGUAUUGAAUGCUGAGUUGCCGUCUAUGAAGAGCAUCUGAUGUGUGCAUCUUACCUGUCCAGAAGUGCAGGGUUCAGCAAAGAGUCAAUGAAUGGCGUCUGCUGUUGGUCUAUUGUGACGGUAGGCAAAUUGGAAUGGAUGCAAGUUGCUCUUUAGGCAGGACUUGGUAUGCUUCAUGACCAAUCUCUCAAAGCACUUAAUCACAGUGGAUGUUCUUCCGACGUCACCUCUAAAUGUUCUUCUACUCACCUUACACACUUCCAAGUAUUCUUGCAGUCAACCAUUUCUGGAGCAGAGAGUCUCCUUUAUGCCCGACACUUGUUAUCCUGAUGAGCUGGAGGGCAAGUGGAUUAUUCUGAUGCAAGCCAAGGGAGAUUCCAAUCUUCCUCUCCCUCCCUAGCUCCCCCAUGCAAGGAUGUAAUACUGAGGCUUUAUAAGGCAUUGUUAACACUGCACUUGGAGAAUGAAGCUUUUCAUUCCAGGAUGAAGGAGAUAUCUUCCUUUUUUAAAGAAAGGGGCUUCCCUUCUUCCAGAAUAAACUGUGCCCUCAAACGCAUCUCUCCUAUUUCAUGCACAUCUGCUCUCACCCCAUCCUCCCGCCACCCCGCUAGGAAUAGGGUUCCCCUUGUCCUCACCUACCACCCCACCGGCCUUCGUGUCCAACAUAUAAUUCUCCAUAACUUUUGCCAUCUACAAUGGGAUCCCACCACCAAGCACAUCUUUCCCUCCCCCCCCCCCACUUUCUGCUUUCCCAGGGAUCGCUCCCGAUGCAACUCCCUAGUCCAUUGGUCCCCCCAUCCCUUCCCACUGAUCUCCCUCCUGGCACUUGUCCUUGUAAGCGGAACAGGUGCUACGCCUGCCCUUACACUUCCUCCCUCACUACCAUUCAGAGCCCCAGACAGUCCUUCCAGGUGAGGUGACACUUCACCUGUGAGUCGGCUGGGGUGAUAUACUGUGUCCAGUGCUCCCAAUGCGUCCUUCUAUAUAUUGGCGAGACCCGACGCAGACUGGGAGAUCGUUUCGCUGAACACCUAUGCUCUGUCCACCAGAGAAAGCAGGAUCUCCCAGUGGCCACACAUUUUAAUUGCACGUCCCAUUCCCAUUCUGAUAUGUCUAUCCACGGCCUCCUCUACUGUCAAGAUGAAGCCACACUCAGGUUGGAGGAACAACUCCUUAUAUUCCGUCUGGGUAGCCUCCAACCUGAUGGCAUGAACAUUGACUUCUCUAAUUUCUGUUAAUGCCCCUCCUUCCCUUCUUAACUCAUCCCUUAUUUAUUUUUUUCUCCCUCUCCCUCUUACAAUACAAUAACUCCUUGCCUGUCCUCCAUCUGCCUCUGGUGCUCCCUUCCCCCUUUCUUUCUUCCAAGGCCUACCGUCCCAUGAUGAUACUCCUUCUCCGGCCUUGUAUCCCUUUUGCCAAUCAACUGUCCAGCUCUUGGCUUCAUCCCUCCCCCUCCUGUCUUCUCCUAUCAUUUUGGAUCUCCCCCUCCCACUUUCAAAUCUCUUACUAUCUCUUUUUUCUGUUCAUCCUGAUGAAGGGUCUCGACCCGAAACGCUGACUGUACUUCUUCCUAUAGAUGCUGUCUGGCCUGCUGCGUUCCACCAGCAUUUUGUGUGUGUGGGAGUAUUUUGAGCAGUUUUGUGCUGAAGAAAGAUGUGCUGGCAUUGGAGAAGGUUCAGAGAGGUUCACUAGAAUGAUCCUGGGAAUGAAAGGGUUAGCAUAUGAGGAAUGGUUUAUGACUCUGGGACGGCACUCGCUGGAGCUCAGAAAAAUGAGGGGGAAUCUCAUUGAAACCUAUUUAAUGUUGAAAAACCUAGAUAGAAUGCACGUGAGGAGGAUGUUUCCUUUAGUGGGGGAAUCGAGGACCAGGUUGCACAGCUUCAGAAUACAAGGACGUCCCUUUAGAACAGAGAUGAGGGAUUUCUUUAGCCAGAAGGUGGUGUAUCUGUGGAAUUUGUUGCCACCAGCGCCUGUGGAGCCCAUGUAUGUGGGUAUAAAGAGGGGGUUAGUAGGUUCUUGAUUUGUCAGGGCACCAAAGGAUACAGGGAGAAGGCAUGAGAAUGGGGAUGAAAAGGAAAAUAAGUCAGCCAUGAUUGAAUGAUAGAACAGACUUGAUAGGCCAACUUAUCUAAUUCUGCUCCUAUGUCUUAUGAAUGUAAUUGGGCUGCACAAGCUUGUUGGGCUAGAAGGGCCGGCUGUGGUACUGUAUUUCAAAAUAAAAAUAAUUGGAGGAAAUUGGAGCAUCUGGAGGAAACCCAUGUGGUUAUAGGGAGAAGGUACAAACUCUACACAAACAGUACCCAGGGUCAGGGUUGAACAUGUGUCUCUAGCACUGAGAGGUAAUAGUUCUUCCAUCUGUCUGACUGGAAUCGGACACUGUAUAACCACAGGUACAUUUAAGUUUAUUGUCAUCUGACUGAACGUAUGUACAACCAAACGAAACAACAUUCCUCCAGACCACGGUGCACUCACACAUAGCACAUAGGACAAAAUAUUACCAUAAAUAAGUUCAUAAAAUAUAAUUCAAAAUGUGGUGCAUGGCACAAGCAAACAGUACAGUGAACAGUAAACAGCUCACCGUCCUUAGUGAUGAGAUCUCGGUGCUGGCAGAGUAUUGAUCAGUCUUACAGCCUGGGGGAAGAAGCUGUUACCCAGUCUGGCAGUCCUAGUCCUGAUGCUCCUGUACCUCCUUCCAGAUGGUAGUGGGUCAAAGAGAUUGUGGGAUGGGUGGUAGGAAUCAUCAACAAUGCUUUGGGUCCUUCAUAUAAAACACACCUGAUAAAUGUCACAAAUCGGGAAGAGAGAGAACCUACUUGGCAGUUUUUAACCAUCCUACUUUUGACGUUACGAUGGAAGGAAGAUCAUCAUCAAGUUUACUGCAAAUGUUGAUUGCACCCGUAUCUCUCGCGCCGUGAGGCAGUGUUUCAUUUGGCUGUGCUGCCCAGUGUUGUGACUGGAAUUGGACAUUGUGUAACUAUCGCUUUGUUUUCCUGAUUUUCACCUUAUGAUGGGAGGAAGAGCAUCAUCAAGUUUACUGCAAGCAUAGAUUGCUACUGCUUUUUUUUUACCUUAUUUACCAGUUACAAGUCUGCUUAAAGUGCUGGAAAUCUGUAUAAUAUUGUAUUAAAAUAUUAUUGAUAAUAACGAUUAGAUUUAUUUGUCACAUACACAUUACAACAUAUUGUGAAUGCAACAUUUAGCAUCAACAACC